AUGACUGUAUCACAGGCCCAACCACAAGCGAAAUCACCAUCUUCUUCUUCAUCACCAUUAUCAUUACUACCGGAAGAUUAUCUAUAUUACCUCGAUUACCUCCCCGACUUGCAAAAAUGCGUCAACUUAUUCAUGACAUUCACUCCAUUAUUCUCCUACGGAUCAACAUGCAUCUCCAUCUACAAACGCCAAACGUCGCUUGGGUUCAGUAUAGACAUAUGCGGCACCAUGUUUAUGGCCAGCAUAUUGCGCAUAUUCUACUACUUGUGUCAACCUUAUGAAAUCACCCUUUUGCAUCAGUCAAUCGUCAUGAUUGGCAUACAAAUUGUCUUGUUAAAGAUUAGUUUAAGAUUUAGGCCCCAAAACUAUGAUCCGGAGCUCUUGGCGGCAUUUCCAAGAUGGGAUCAAGAGUUUGAAAAUAAUUUACCAAGAAGGUUAAGUUCGUCGAAUUAUAUUGUCCAACAUAAAGAUUAUACGUCCUUGGGCAUAAUUAAUUGGGUAUUGAUGCAGUUGGAUAAUGGCAUCUUGGUGAGUUGGAGUUAUUUCAAAACGGGGUUUAAACAGACAUUGCGAUUAUUUGAUGUUUAUUACAAACGACCAGGAUUAUUCUGGCAAUGGUUGGAUGAAUCGGCUUAUUGGACAUUCUUGACUGGGUUUGCUACAGUUUUCGGCAUUUUAACCCUUGUGUUCCAUAAUAACGCCACUUAUGCCAACACAAUCGGUAUAUUGGGAUUGUUUAUCGAAUCAUUAUUGCCCAUCCCGCAAAUUCUCAUGUUGAAUCGAAUUCAAUCAGUAAAAAAUUUCAAAAUUAUCUUGCUUUUGUCAUGGUUAGGUGGCGAUUGCACCAAGAUUUCCUAUUUGGUGUAUGGUACCGAUGACGUAUCGGUCAUUUUCAUAGCUGCUGGGUUAUUUCAAAUGAGUUUGGAUGUGUAUAUUGCGUUCCAAUACUUGACGUUGAAGUAUGGUGGUGAUUCGUGGGUGAAGGGGGCUAAUUUUCUCGGUCUGAGCUCCAGUGGACAACGCAAAUCAGUUGAUGAAAUUGUUGACCAUUUGGUAUUGAAUGCCAGUAGUUCUCAUGGCAAGUAUCAAAAGAAUGAAGAUGGUGAAGAAUAUGAAAUGAAUGUGUUUGAUUCUGAUUUUAAAAGUCGACCAGUGAAAAGUUCUCCCUAA